AUGGACGACUCCUCCGACAUGGGCGGCAUCACCCUCCCCACCACCAACUCCGAUGACCCCUUCGACGGCAACAGCCUCAUGAUCUUCCCCUCCGCCGUGGAACCCGCCUUCACCAAAACCCCCGCGAACGUCAAAGGCGACUACGUCUCCUCCACCUCCACCUCCGCUCCAGCACCAGCCCCAGUCCACAUCCCUGCCAAGCGCAAGACCGCCACUCCCAAAAAAGGCGCUCAGCAGGUCAAGAAGCGCAAGACCGGCAAGAAAGCCAUGGCAUCUCGUGCCAUUCCGCGUUCCUUUGAGGAAUGCAGUGAGCCCGAUCAGAUGCUGAUCCGGAAGCGUGAUGAGGGGAGUGAUUGGAAUCCGAUUCGGAAGGAGUGGAAGGAGAUGACGGGGGAGAGUACGGCUACUAGUACGCUGCCGAAUCGAUAUGCUAGACUCAAAUCCAACUUCACCGUAAUCCGCGAAGAAGACAACGCCCUUCUCCUCAGCGCGAAACGCGAAGUGGAAGAAUCCUUCGAGGCGCAGAAGUGGGAUCUUGUCGCAAGAGUUGUGGCCGAGAAGGGAGGGGAUACGUAUGCUGGUGUGGUGCUGAAGCGCCAGUACAAGAAGUUGAUGGUGACGCAGGCGAUGUGCGAGCCGCCGGAGGGAGUGCGGGAUCCGGAUUUUGAGGUUGAGGAGUUGCCUGCUGAGGAUAGCGAGAGUGAGGAGGAAGUGCGAGGAUCUGGUGGAUGA